GCAUCACUUCAUCACCUCAACCAUCGCAAUCCAUCAAGCAAAUCUCACUAGCUAGCUAGCUAUCUCAGCUCACUCUCUCAGUAGCCACUGAUCAGAAGAAGAGCAAGAGAAGCCAAUUAAGCUAGCUAGCUAAGCUGGUUAAUUGCCAUGGGUAGUGGUAAUAAGCUCGCUGCCACCGUGGUCGUCGUCACCUUCGCGGUGCUCAUGGCGGCGGUGACGACGACGUGCCAAGCAGCUUACGGGCCACCCAACCCUGCUUCGUGCGGGCUCAAGGUCGGUUACUACUACGCCAAGUGCCCGCAUGCCGAGGAAAUCGUCAAGAACGUCGUCGGCGCCGCCAUCCUCCACAACCCCGGCGUCGGCGCUGGCCUCAUCCGCAUGCUCUUCCAUGACUGCUUCGUUGAGGGAUGUGAUGCGUCCGUGCUGCUCGACCCGACGCCGGCGAACCCGCAGCCGGAGAAGCUCAGCCCGCCCAACAUGCCCAGCCUCCGCGGUUACGAGGUGAUCGACGCCGCCAAGGCGGCCGUCGAGGCGGCCUGCCCGGGCGUCGUCUCCUGCGCCGACAUCGUCGCCUUCGCCGCGCGCGACGCCUCCUUCUUCCUCAGCAACAGCAGGGUCGCGUUCCAGAUGCCCGCGGGGCGCCUCGACGGGCGCUACUCCAACGCGUCGCGCGCCCUCGACUUCCUCCCGCCGCCCAAGUUCAACCUCGGCCAGCUCGUCGCCAACUUCGCCACCAAGGGGCUCGGCAUGGAGGACAUGGUGGUGCUCUCCGGCGCCCACACCGUCGGCGACUCCCACUGCUCGUCCUUCGUCCCCGACCGCCUCGCCGUCCCCUCCGACAUGGAGCCCCCGCUCGCCGCCAUGCUGAGGACGCAGUGCCCGGCGAAGCCGAGCUCAGGCAACGACCCCACGGUGGUGCAGGACGUCGUGACGCCCAACAAGCUGGACAACCAGUACUACAAGAACGUGCUCGCGCACAGGGUGCUCUUCACCUCCGACGCGUCGCUCCUGGCGUCGCCGGCGACGGCGAAGAUGGUGGUGGACAAUGCCAACAUCCCCGGGUGGUGGGAGGAUAGGUUCACGAAGGCCAUGGUGAAGAUGGCCAGCAUCGAGGUGAAGACCGGCGGCAAUGGCGAGAUCAGGAGGAACUGCCGGGCUGUCAAUCACUAGCUCAUACAAAUUUACGAGCAUGCAUGUUUAAUUAAUUUAUUCAUGCAUAUCUAUGUUCUAUCGUUAACUGCUGCAUCUUGUCUGUUUAUUCUUUCUUUUCCACUGAUUUCAUUUCAAGUCAAAUGAGGCUUAUGUACCAUUAUAUUGUAUCAUGUUUGAAUAUAAUAAAAUAACUUUCUUACGGACA